GGUGACGUCACAUCAUGAAUUCGUUUCUGCGGGCAGCAGACAUAGUUGCGCGCGCUCGUGUUUGCUCCCGAGGCGCCUGUCCACGCGCCCAUUACGUAUUGCUUUGUGUUCGCGGCCCCGCCCCCUGAGUGAGCUGUCACAGACUUCCAGCUGCAGAACCGUAAACAGGAGGAGCGGCAGCCACCGGCGCGCGUGCAGAAGCGGGUGGAGAAACAUGUAGAAAGCCACAUCAGGCGCAGAUAGACGGCUCCCCUACAGCCUGGCAUCGGCAGGGGCCGCCUGUGCAAGUCCUUCUUUACCAUCAACGCCAGCGUGUUCCUCAAAUGGUGCGGGAAUAAUGGCGUCCCCGGCGGAACAGGAGCUUACCUUGACAGAAGCAGAAAGUAGCAAGGAAAAAGACCAAGUGUUCGGCGUCCUCCGCUUGCAAGAGGAAAAGGCGAGCGAAAAAGCAGUGGGCAGCGGGAAGGCGGCCGAAGGCAGGUGGCAGGCGCCCAUCUUUGCUCUGGCCAGGAAAGCCUCCGAAACGUUGUCGGGAGGCAUCCAUGUACUGCCCAAAACGGCCGAGCACAGGACAGCGUCGCUUUCAGAGGACUGGGGCGAACAGGUUUUAAGAGAACCCAUGGCACUUGAGCGAGCCAAUUUAUUAAACAUGGCAAAGCUUAGUAUCAAAGGACUGAUCGAGUCAGCACUAAGUUUUGGCCGGACCUUGGACUCUGAUUACCCACCUCUGCAGCAGUUUUUUGUUGUCAUGGAGCACUGCCUGAAGCAUGGCCUUAAAGUAAAGAAGUCUUUCCUGAGCUUUAACAAGUCACUUUGGGGACCACUUGAACUUGUGGAAAAGCUGUGCCCAGAAGCAGGGGAAAUUGCAGCAAGUGUAAGGGACUUACCGGGGCUAAAGACUCCCUUGGGCCGGGCACGGGCCUGGAUUAGACUGGCUCUAAUGCAAAAGAAACUGGCAGACUACCUACGGUGCUUAAUUACAAGAAAAGACCUGCUCAGUGACUUCUAUGAGCACUAUGCUGUCAUGGUAGAGGAAGAGGGGGCUGUUAUUGUUGGACUCCUAGUUGGGCUGAAUGUGAUUGAUGCUAAUCUGUGUGUGAAGGGAGAGGACCUUGAUUCUCAAGUGGGAGUUAUUGACUUCUCUGUGUACCUUAAGAAUGACAUUGAUGAUUACAAAACUGAAGAACGAAAUGGCCAAAUUGCUGCUAUUUUAGAUCAGAAGAAUUAUGUGGAGGAACUGAACAGACAACUGAACUCUACAGUUCAGAGCCUCCAAGGCAGAGUUGACAGUCUGGAAAAAUCCAACACUAAAUUGAUUGAGGAGCUGGCAAUAGCUAAAAAUAAUAUAAUCAAACUACAAGAAGAGAAUCAUCAGUUAAGAAAUGAGAACACUAUAAUUUUAAUGAAGACACAACAACACAUGGAGGUAUCACAGGCCGAUGUAGAUGCUGAGCUUGAUACAUACAAGCAGUCAAGACAAGGGUUAGACGAGAUGUACAGUGAAGCUCGCCGACAGUUGCGUGAGGAGUGUCAGCUUCGUCAGGAUGUGGAGAAUGAGCUGUUGGUCCAGGUCAGCAUGAAACAUGAAAUGGAACUUGCAAUGAAGCUGCUUGAAAAAGACAUUCAUGAGAAGCAAGACACAUUAAUUGGGUUACGACAUCAACUGGAUGAAGUGAAAUCAAUUAAUAUUGAAAUGUACCAAAAAAUGCAGUGUUCAGAUGACAGUUUAAAACAGAAAAAUGAUAUUAUUAGUCGACUUGAGGAGAAGACAAACCAGAUAACUGCUACAAUGAAACAACUGGAACAAAGAUUGCAGCAUACAGAGAAGGGGCGGCGAAUGGCAGAAGAAGGAGCCAGGAAAUUCAAACAGGAUUUUGCCAGUAAGGCCGAAAACCUGCAGAAUCAGAUUUUCCAAAGAGAGAAUCAGCUAGCUCAACUAGAGACUGACCUAAAAAUACAUGUCGAGUGGAGACAGAUGCUUCAGAGUGAUCUCCAAGCAGAGAAGGAAGCUGUUUUGCAGUUGAGUACAGAAGUGCAACAAAUUCCACGACUUAAAAAGGAGUUUUCCAAGUUGCAAGAUGAAAAUGGGCAGCUAAAAAGAGUUUGUGAAGAUCAAGAGCAAGCUCUGCAGGAGCUCGGAUACAAACUGAGCGAGUCAAAACUGAAGAUUGAAGACAUAAAAGAGGCCAACAAGGCACUGCAGGGAGGACAAGUGUGGCUUAAAGAUAAAGAUGCCAGUCACUGCAGACUUUGCCAAGCGGAGUUCUCCAUCUCCAGAAGGAAGCAUCACUGUAGAAACUGCGGCGAGAUCUUCUGUAACAGCUGUUCAGACAACGAACUGCCACUGCCAGCCUCGCCAAAGCCAGUGCGAGUCUGCAACACCUGCUAUGGGAUGCUCCUGCAACGCUGCUCAUCGAGUGCCACGUGAAGUCCUCGUCCUCAACAACCUCACAACUGGCACACUUUGACUCUGCUUGAGGACUUGCGUUCUUUAUGUUAGAGGUGGAUCUUGAAGUAAAUAUCCAUCAGGGUCUAACAGCCCCCAUAUUUUACGCAGGUGCUUUCUGUGACUCUCCUGCGUUUUACUACACUAAUCAUCUCAAACGUGAUUUCUCUGCUGUGCCAAAAACCCCUCAAGGUGCUGGGCUGUGAAAGCCAGGAGGGUCCUACUGUGGUGAAUUAUCACGAAAGUAACCGGCGCCCCCAGGGCCAGCGAGGGGAUGCUGCCUGAAAACACACGACAGCCCGAAUGGAUCUGCGCCAGCGAUGAGGCUAAUCAAGAAUAGAAAGCCAGGGAGUGAAACGCUGAAUCUUGGAGCGUUUAUGUUGCUAAAAUUCUUCUCGCCUUGUUGAAAAUGAUUGCUGGACGUUACUGCCAAUUAAGUUUGCUUUAUACAAGAAUAAUAAGGACAUCCCCAUCACCUCCCCAAAAUCAGACUGGACUGAUGGUACAGUAAUAUUAAACCUAAAUUAUUAACAUGCUAUAAGAAAAUCUGAAUUUUAGAGGUAGUGGAGGGGAAAAAAAUAUGUAAUGUAUUUUAUAAUUUUUAUUGUUUUAUUUGCCAGUUACAAUUAAUGAACGACAAACUGGAACAAACGCUCCGCCUCUUAAUGGUUAGGAGUUUAAACGCACUAAUCCAGUCCAACACGCCGUAGGUUGCAGUUGUCUUUGAAAAGCUGUCAUAAGUGGACUUUUUGAUUUUCAUGUAUUUUGUAUGUUUUAUUACAUAUUAAUCAACACUGACUAAUUUAUAUUAAAUUUCAUAUUUGCUG